AUGGGAAAGAAGAGACGUGGUCCCACGUUGGAGGAGGUUUUAGCUCGUCCGUGGUGCUAUUACUGCGAGCGCGAUUUCGACGAUCUUAAGAUUCUUAUAUCCCAUCAGAAAGCCAAGCAUUUCAAAUGUGAGAGGUGCGGGCGGAGACUUAAUACAGCAGGAGGAUUAUCGGUGCAUAUGAGCCAAGUACACAAGGAGCAACUGUCGGCUGUUGAUAAUGCUCUUCCCAAUAGAUCUAGUCUCGACGUUGAGAUCUUUGGCAUGGAGGGUGUGCCGGAAGACAUUAUCCAGACUCACAACCAACGUGUCAUGACCCAGUUCCAACAAGCGGAGGCAGAGCGGCAGGCCGUGACCGGAAACCCUCCCCCCGGAACUGGAACUAGUGGGCAACCGGCGAAGCGGCCAAAGCUUGAGAAUGUAUCGGACCUGAAGAAGCGAUUGGCAGAGCACAAAGCCAAGAAGGCCGAAAAUCGUACUGGAGGGAGUAGUGGCGAGGCGACGCCGGUCGGCGCAGGGCAGACACAGAAUAUCGGUGGCUUUGGCCAGGUACCUUCAAACGCAACAGCCGCUCCCAGCCAACAAUACUCAUACCCCCAGCCAUAUGGAGGCGCUGGCUCUCCUUACCAACAAACGGCAAGUCCAGUCUACCAAAAUUUUUCACCAGGCGGACAGCCGCAAGUUCCUCCCAGUACGCAAACGCAGCAUACCCCUCCAGGGUACUCCCCACAGUCAUACCAGGCCACGCCCGCACAGCCUGCGUAUGGAAAUACGCCGCCACCUUUCCCGCAGCAACACCCGCUUCCUCAGACCUAUACGCCCCCACAGAAUGCAGCAUUUUUGCAACGACCUCCCAGUCUGCCGCCGGCUCCGAGUCUUCCACAGCGACCCGCUGUUGGGGCGCCGUCAGUCAAUGCCUUCCAGAUGCAACAGUUGCACAUGGGUCAUCUGGCACCCACUCCCGGAGGUACGCCACUUGGUGCUUCCAAUGGUGACAAGACCGCAGGAAACGGCUCGACAACUAUUACCUCAUCAGUCGACGACCUUAUCUCCGGAGCAGCGAAACAAGCGGAUCAAGCGACAGCCAAUGCUGCACCAGCCAAGGAAGCGAGCGAAGAGAAAGCAACCAAGAAAGACAAGUCCAAACAGGCCAAAUUGGUAUACUCUGACAAUGAAACCAGUCCGGAGGAGAAGCUGGCUAGGUUGCCAAGGUACGCAUUCGUUCCUGACCGCCGAGGGGAAACGGCACUUGAGGAGCUUCCUUCUUCUUCAGUAGUGGGAACCAUCCGAGAAUCGGACACGGUUGUCGAUCCUACGGACUAG